AUGGCCGUGGUGGAUGACUACGAUGCCCAGGCCGCCGCUGAGAAGAAGCGAGCACGAUCCUUCCGAAAGUUCUCCUACCGUGGAGUGGAGCUGGACUCGCUGCUCGACAUGAGCAACGAGGACUUCAUGAAGAUUGUCCACGCCCGUGUUCGAAGGAGGUUCCAGCGUGGUCUCAAGCGUAAGCCAAUGGGUCUCAUCAAGAAGCUCCGCAAGGCUAAGGCUGAGGCUCCCCCCAACGAGAAGCCCGCACCCGUCAAGACCCACCUGCGUGACAUGGUCGUUGUGCCCGAGAUGAUCGGCUCGGUCAUUUCCAUUUACAACGGAAAGGUCUUCAACACCGUCGAGAUCAGGCCCGAGAUGACCGGCCACUACCUCGCCGAGUUCUCCAUGUCCUACAUUCCCACCCGACACGGAAAGCCAGGACUGGGUUCCACCAACAGCUCCCGCUUCAUCCCCCUCAAGUAA